AUGGGUUCGGGUGGUACCGAGCAUUCUGGAUGCUGGAUGCUGGAUGCUGGAUGCUGGAUGCUGGAUGCUGGAUGCUGGAUGCUGGAUGCUGGAUGCUGGAUGCUGGAUGCUGGAUGCUGGAUGCUGGAUGCUGGAUGCUGGAUGCUGGAUGCUGGAUGCUGGAUGCUGGAUGCUGGAUGCUGGAUGCUGGAUGCUGGAUGCUGGAUGCUGGAUGCUGGAUGCUGGAUGCUGGAUGCUGGAUGCUGGAUGCUGGAUGCUGGAUGCUGGAUGCUGGAUGCUGGAUGCUGGAUGCUGGAUGCUGGAUGCUGGAUGCUGGAUGCUGGAUGCUGGAUGCUGGAUGCUGGAUGCUGGAUGCUGGAUGCUGGAUGCUGGAUGCUGGAUGCUGGAUGCUGGAUGCUGGAUGCUGGAUGCUGGAUGCUGGAUGCUGGAUGCUGGAUGCUGGAUGCUGGAUGCUGGAUGCUGGAUGCUGGAUGCUGGAUGCUGGAUGCUGGAUGCUGGAUGCUGGAUGCUGGAUGCUGGAUGCUGGAUGCUGGAUGCUGGAUGCUGGAUGCUGGAUGCUGGAUGCUGGAUGCUGGAUGCUGGAUGCUGGAUGCUAGAUGCCGUGUUGUCGUGGACAUAGAGUACAUAUGUAUCGUAUCUACGGAGUGGAUGGUGGUAACAUUGCCGCAGCCGGUGUCGUUGAGUGUCCUCAAAGCAGGCUCAUCAUUCCCCAUAGAUGGUGGCGGAAGAGUCAAGCUCGACAUUGCAUGCUUGACAUGA